AUGGACAAAGUGACAUGCCCAGAAGUCGUCGACACUCUCGCGACGCUCAUGGAGCAAAUCAUCUCUGUCAGCGAUCUACCGCAGUUUAACCCAGAAAACCCGAAGAAAUGGUUGAGGCGUCUAGAGAUGGAUGCCGCAGUCAAUCAAUGGACGGAACAGAAAGUCAUACGCCUCGCCUAUCGGACCAUGGACGACGACACCAAGGCUUGGUUCGUACACACCGGUCCAUACGAGAACUGGGAAAAGUUCAAGGAGGCACUCUACGGACAAUUCCCGAAAGGGAAAAAGAAAUCUCCGUCUGAAUACUACAACCGGAAAAGAUUCCCCAACGAGUCAUUCACGGGUUUCAUCCGGAAGAAACAGUCGUUGCUGCGGGAAUUAGAGAUACCCUUCGAUUUCUCAAACUUCCUAGAUGAGAUAGAGAACUCAUGUAAUUCGGUGAACUUCAGGAACUUCAUUGUCUCCGCCAACCCCGAAGAUUUCGAGGCACUGAUGGAGGUGGCCGUCAAGUACAAAGACCAACAGUCGAAGAUAGAGACACCGAUAAGCCAAAGACAGGAGCCGUCAGGAAAGACUAAGCCGCCAAUUAGGACACCAGAAAAAGCAUCGAAAGUUUGCUUCAAGUGUGGGAAGAGUGGACAUUUCCGAGCAGAAUGCAGUCAGUACGGUCGUAAGCUCCAAGUACAAUGCAUCGGGAAUGAUUCUGCAAACCCCUUCGAAAUGCGAGUCAACAUCCAGGGAGGACUCAGGACGGCCACGCUAGACACGGGCGCCGAUGUCAACGCGAUAUCACCGACCAUUCUCAACCUGGACGACCCGAACCUCGAUAUUUUGAAGCCAACAGAGAAGCCUUACGUGACAGAUGCUCAGAGAAAACCCAUGCACGUCAUCGGUGCCGUCGAAUUGGAAGUCGACGGGUCACGGGAACCAUUUUUCAUCAUCAAGAAUUUAUCGAAGGAAGUCAUCCUGGGUAAACCCUUCCUCACCAAAUCAUUCGAUCUCGUCAAUAAAGUUCAGGAUUCCCAAGCUUAUUCGCGACCGAGUUCUGCUUGUAAAGCUAAGAGCGGGACGGUGAUACCCCCACAGGCAGCGAUGUUCGUGAAGGCUCUAACGGAGAAGCCGAAAAGUACCCUGCAACUGGACGGUACAUUACACUGUGCUCCCGGCAGCCAGUUCAUAACACCGUAUAGCAUAGUGAGAUCGAACAAGGGGGGUGACUGUGAAAUCCUGGUGGUGAAUUUGGAAAAUACACCCAUAUACCUCAAAGAAGGAACAUCACUUGGGCAAGCCCAUGAGCCAAUGGAGAUAACGAAAUCGGCUGAGAAGAGAGUAGAUUCCAGUUGGACGAAGAAUGAAGUACGACUAGGAAAAGACUUGACGAGAAGUCAAGAAGAUCGCCUGAUCCGUAUGUUCAACGAAGAAUUCGCGAAUCUGUUCGGUCAGCCCGACAACUUGUCCUGUACCGGCCUUGUACAACAUACCAUUCCGACAGGAGACACGCCACCGAUCGCGUUUCCAGCGAGACGCGUAGCCCCUGUCCAGCGGCAGACAAUCACCAAAGAAGUGGACGGAAUGUUGAGUUCUGGAAUCAUAGAACCCUCCUCGAGUCCCUGGGCGGCACCGGUAGUUUUGGUGAAGAAGAAAGAUGGUUCUAUACGGUUCUGUGUGGAUUAUCGGAAGUUGAAUACAGUCACUAAGAGGGACGUUUACCCACUCCCGCGGAUAGAGGAUGCGCUUGAUGCCCUCUCCGGUAAUAGCUACUUCAGUACGUUGGACCUCAUAAGCGGUUAUUGGCAAGUUGAGAUGGCGCCAGAUCACAAAGCGAAGACCGCCUUCUGUACCCCCGACGGGUUGUUCCAGUUCAAGCGGAUGCCCUUCGGGUUGGCAAACGCUCCGGCCACUUCCCAGCGGUUAAUGGACCGAGUCAUCGGACCGCUAAAGUACCGAAUGGCCCUCGUCUACCUCGAUGACAUAAUUAUCUAUUCGAAGGAUUUUGGAACGCAUCUCACGGACCUCAGGGAAGUGUUGAAGAGGAUUCAAACAGCGGGGCUGAAGUUGAAAGCAAAAAAGUGCCUGUUCGCCACGAAAGAAGUCACGUAUCUAGGCCAUAAAGUCACUCCCCAUGGUAUAGCUCCUGACCCCGAGAAGGUUGCCGCGGUGAAAGGGAUCCUUCCACCGACUAACCUUAAGGAGCUGAGGAGCUUCUUGGGACUGGCGUCCUAUUAUAGGCGUUUUAUCAAGAAUUUCGCCGCGAUGGCCGCACCCUUGUACGAACUCUUGACGGACACAACCUUCGACUGGUCGAAAAAACACCAACAGGUGUUCGAAAACAUUAAGGAGGUGAUAACGAAAGAACCGGUCCUAUGUCAUUACCAGGAUGGUCUCGAGACCAGAUUACAAACAGACGCGAGUGGAACCGGCCUCGGAGCUGUACUCGUCCAGGUUCUUGAGGGCAAGGAAAGAGUAGUGGCCUAUGCAAGUCGCCGCCUCACGAAAGCCGAAAUGAAAUGCCACUCGUCGGAAACGGAGUGUCUCGCUGUGGUUUGGGCGAUACAGAAAAUCCACUCUUACCUGUAUGGCCGGCACUUCAAAGUUGUGGCCGAUAGUAUUUCAUUGAAGUACCUAAAGAGUAAGGCGAACCUUUGCCCAAAACUCGUCCGGUGGGCAAUGGCCAUACAGGACUAUGACUUCGAGGUCGUGCAUCGGAGAGGGGUGGACAACGGAAAUGCUGACGCCUUGUCAAGGCUCUCUGUCGCCACUCUCUGCGUCGAACGCGUCCGACGAGAACAGGGCCGUGACCCUGCCCUCCGUGAUCUCCUACGAAGGCCGUCUGAAGGGUACACCGUUCAGGACCAACUCCUUCAUCGCAAGGGUCGUCUCUGUAUCCCCAAUGUGUUGAUGACUGACGCCAUCAAACUUUGUCAUGAGGACGACAUGGCUGGACACCCAGGUAUUUGGAAGACUCAGAGGCGCGUGAAUGAACGUUUCGAUAUCGGCAAAGGGUUUCUCGCCAAGGUCCGCAGAUUUGUUAAGGAGUGUGGCGUCUGCCAGAGGCAAAACAGGGGACGGUAA